AUGGUCGACAGGAAGACAAUAGGAGGGUUAAAAAGAGCAAUAUCAAUAUACUCGCACCACGUGCUCUCUGUGUUUAUCCGCAGGGGUUUCUGGGUAGCGGUGGUCAUGGUAACCACUGUCAACACCGGCCAUCCUCCUCCUCCUCCAGCUCCUCUUCUUCUUCUUCUUCCUGUCGGUUCUGCAGUAGCGCCGAAAAUAACCAGCAUGGCUCGCAGCGAGGAGAAGUAUUAUUAUGAGAAGAUAACAUCGAUACAACAGAGCAUGCAUAAAAGGGAGAAACGGAGGCUGGAGCUGGAGAGGGAACUGUUUGCUUACUCCAGAUCUGAUCAUAGAAUCUCACAGAUAAAGCAUUCCAAACUGCGCAGUUAUCUCAAGGAAAUCUGUGACAGAGAAGCUCGAGCAAAAAUGAGAAACCUUGAGCUUCUGAAAGAUGUGGAGUGCAUAGAAAUUAGCAUGAAGGAAUAUAGUCCUGACCGUGACCCCCUGCAACAACAAAAGGCUGACUUUUUCAAGAAGAUUUCCAGAUUUAAGGAAGCAACGAAAAAUAAUACGGAGAAAGAGCUCGAUGCAACAAAGGUUGAAGUCGUGCAUAGACAGCACCAGAACAGCUCCAACAGCUCUCACCCAGCUACACAACCACCAGCGGUAAUUUUUAUGGGCCGCCAGACCUCCAGAGGGUCUGACGCUGAAGCUGGCACCACAAGUGUACACUCACACCAAGCAUUGCAUCGUUCACCCAAUCGCAGCGUGCACUCCCGCGAACGUCUACCAAGUGGCCUUUUGAAGGACUUCAGAGUUGGCGGAGAGGACGCCGCCGGCAACCGAGCACAUUUAUCAGAUGACAUUUCAGGCUCAAAUGAUUCCCCCGACGGCUGUAAUUUGAGUGACAAACAUGAAAGGACGACGGCGGCGCUCCCGUCGGUUCGUGCCUUAACAGGCGCAGCUGGCAGUGUGCCUUUUGGAAGUGAUGAUGAACAAGAACCUUCACCUCUGGUGACCUUGACGGGGCCUGAGAGGAAUCCGUCUCUCGGCAGCAGUAGACUCAUGAAGGUUGAGAAUUCCUCUGAAGAACACGCUGACUCCCGAGAGGUGGCUCAUCAGCCACCCAUAAUGGAAGAUGGAGAGAGAGGUCUCAGCCAUUUCAUGCCUCAAACCACUUUUGGAGAAGAAGCUCAAGAUAUACCAGAUAGACGUGAGAGCGUCAGCACGCCAAGCUCUGAUGUGUCGGAGAGCAGUAUUAGCGACCUGUCCAUAUCGCUCACACAAUCUGAGCUGGAAGAGGAUCUACCAGAGGGUGUGGCACCUGAGAGGAAGGCCACUUCUGGAGGGAGUGAUGAUCACAAUCAGCACAGUCCCGAAUCAUCCCUCCACUCUGAUGGGUCCAAGGACACACCACGGUUAAACCGUGAAUCCUCAGCUCCAGUGUUGACCUUGGAAAGUCUCUCACAGAAAGGACUCUUUAAUCUGCUAGACGGCAUCGAAGGACGACUCCGCGGCGAAGGGACCAGCGUGUACGGGGACUCUUCGAUUGAUGGAAGACAACUCAACAGAAUUAUCAGCCUUUGUAACGGUGGAGCGGGCUUGAAUGACGAGGACCUUGAAGCAUGUGGAGCAGUCAUCCUUCAUGGGCUUCAGAGGUUGUCAUGGAGCACGGCGAAGGGCUGCCUGCUACCACGGGAUCUAGUGAGGGCUCACCAGUCCAGCACUGAGCCUAAUGAAAUAAGCACCAGCCUCCCUCCCGAUGCCGCUCGGCUGUGGGAUCGCUGGUUCAAGCACGCCCUUCUGCUGAAGGAGCGCCGUGUCCUCAGCACUGAGCGCCUGGUCCAGCUGUUCACGCCACUGCUGCUGGAGCGCCAUGCCACCUACGGCCACCAGGCCAAAGUGCUGCUGAGGACACUCGUGUCCCGGUCCAGUGAGGAGUGCCCCUCAGCGGAGGACGAGAGCGACUUGUCUUCUUCGUGUGGUCCUGCUUCUUUCCUGGCUGACGGUGAUGUGAAGCCUGCCAGACCGGUACAGGAGCAACAGAUCCAAGAACUACAAAGUGCUGAAGAGGACAGCCAGGACGAAAGCCCUGCGGAAAGUGUUCCUAUUAGAGAGACCAAAGCAUAUCAGUUACUUAAACAAUCAGCCAUGCAGGAAAGGCUGCAGAGUUCUGAAGAGGAGGAAGAGGACGACGGCCUCUCAGGAACAAAUCACAGCCAUGAAGAGGACCUGGGGAGGGCCAAACGCUCCUCACAUCAAGACCCUUACCCUCGGAAAGAGAAGACUGACUCAAAGGCUCAUUCUACUCUACAGUCCAAAGCUUUCUGGGGGGAAUCGGAUGACAGCAACUCUGAGAUUGAAGCAGCCUUACGUCCUCAACCUUUCCACACAAACAACGUUGACGUCGAUGACUCCUGUGACUGAUAUUUCCGCGCACAUAUUUUUUUUAAUGCACUACAUUAUAUCGCUGCAAAAUUUUCCGGCAGUUUGGCUCGCAGUAAUUCACCCCCCUGACCGUUAUUUUUUAGUGGUCUGCAUUGUAAAUCACAUGCAUGCUGUAUCGUAAAAACAAAUAAUAAAGUUGACAGCUCUCACGCUGGGUAAAGUACGUGAAGAGUUGUCCAACACUCUGAUGUUAA